CCCACCACCUCGCCACUCGCGCACGCGCCAGCUUGUGUGAGAGCGCGCGCCCACGCGGACCCGAUGGCAGGACAGGUCACGAGAGAGAUGAGCCGAUGAAAUCAUGGAGCCUCGCUGUGCAGAGGAGGUCGGAGUCGGAGGACAGGGUACGGUCGGGACUUCACGGUGAUGGAGAGCUGCCUGUCCGAAUCCAUGAUGUCCUGCACUGUAGCUGAAACCACAACUCCUCUGGCCUGUUUGUCUGGGAGCCCUCUAGCCAACCGCCACUGCCAUUUUCUUCUAAUAGGACUAAAUGAGACUCAGCCUCAAGCCCUAAACAAUCAGGGAUGGACAGGUGAAAACUGAGAGGCCGAGAGGUGGCCUUUGUUCUAAACCUUGUCAUCCAUUCUUGCCCCAUAAAGGGACAUGAAAAUAUUCCCAACCUCUUCUCAGAAGUCCACUUUUGCCAUAUGAAAAAAUGCCUUUAAACAUUAGAGCCAAGCCCGCGCAGACCAAGCUGCUAGCUGGCCCGAAGAGUAGCGGGCACACUGAUGGCAGCACAUCUCAUUCACGCUUUUCCAGAUCCCCCAAACAGGGGAAAGGCAAACAGGCUGUAACCUCAGCACUAGGUUCCCGCUCGGGGCUGGAAUCAGGCUCUGUGUCGGGGGGUGCGCCUGCACCAGCGCCUAAAGUGGCUGGAAGUGAAGGGUCGGUGUCGAGGCCAGGUUCAAAGAUCAAACCUGGCCCGGCAGCAGAGAAAGGAGCAACUCGUGGCUCAACGACAGCUCCGGGGGGUAAAACCCUGUCUAUGGAGAACAUCCAGUCUAUAAGCGCUGCCUAUGCCACUUCAGGCACCAUGUACCCCUGUGAGCGAGAUUCCUUGGAGCCCUCUGGUGGGUACCCGAAAGGCACCAUGACGCUGGGCAGGAGCACCAGCCGCUCCUCCUACACUAACCGGACAACAGCAAUGGGCAGCACCCCAAACAUCACCUCCUCUGGGCUGCAUCAUUCAUCAGACCCCUACGUAGACCAAACCUUGCAUCCCGCAAGGACUUCCAGUCUGCGGCGCCAGUCUGGGAGACAUCCACAGGCACCGGAGUCGGCUGGACGGGGAGAGGUUGCCUCGUUUGACCUCCAGUCUCAGCUGAGGGAGCUGCAGAGGGAGAAUGACACCCUGAGGAGAGAGCUGGACGUAGGGAGGGAUGGAAGGACGGGCCCCAGCAUGAACAAUGUCAACUUCUGGAGCCCAGAUGUGAAAAGAGACAAGGGGGUGAGGCGGGAGGAGGGAGCGAGGACCUCGGUACUGAAAGACCAGUACAGGACUAACCAUGAGGAUUUGCAGCCUGUGGAAAUCAGAAGAAUCAAGCAGCUUCCGUUGACCGUUCAGGAGCUUCAGGAGGAACUGAGGGCUCACAGGGAGAUGAACAGUCGCCUGCAGCAGCAGCGCCAGCAGAGCAACUCCGGCUCCUAUCGAGAACUCCACACAGACCAGGACCACAGAGGGGGGCUCAGCCCUGGCCACAGCCCCAGACAAAGCUCCGCCAACCUGCACAGCGCUGGACCGAAGAAUAGCCCGAGAGUCAGCCCAUCCAACACCUACAAUCCGAGGCAACAGGAAGCUGACGUCAUCAUCCACAGCCCCGGUUAUGGCUGUAACACCGCAGUAGCUGCGCAGAGAAUCAGCCCCGCCAACACCCUUCAGCCUGGGCCGAGGAACAACUCAAAUCAGCCCUUCUACGCUCCGAGCCAAAGUCCAGUGGCAGCGCCCAGCUCUGGUUCACUUCGGCCUGGCAGCCCCUGCCAGGUGCCCGGGUGUGACGGCUUCUCCUCGCCGCCUCCUCUGGAUCCAUCAGAGGCAAAUUUCUUCCGGCUGCAGUCGGAGCACGAGCGGCAGGCCAAGGAGCUGUUCCUGCUGAAGAAGACCAUGGAAGAGAUGGAGAUGAGGAUCGAUUCUCAGAAACAGACUCUGGGCUCCCGGGACGAGAGCAUCCAGAGGCUGCUGGAGAUGCUUCAGGGCCAGGGCCAGGGCAAGGGCCAAGGCCAGGGCCAAGGCCAGGGCCAAGGCCAGGGCCAGGGCCAGGUUCAGAGCCAGGGCCAGGGCCAGGGCCAGGGCCAGGGCCAGGGCCACGGUCAAGGUCAAGUUCAAAGUCAAAGUCAAAGUCAAGGUCAGGGACACUGGGGUCGAGGACAGCGGACAGGUAUCAUAACCAUGGCGGCACAGGAGGCUGAAGCGCAGCUGGAGAACAUGCAUGUGAAAGAGGACACCAAGAUCUCUUCCCUGGAGAGGAACAUCAGAGACUUAGAGGAUGAGGUCCAGAUGUUAAAGACUGGCGGCCUGCUGCACCCCGACGACAGGCAGGAAGAGCUCAAGCAUGUGGACAUCUACAAGAGCCAUUCUAAAUUCAUGAAGACGAAGAUAGAGCAGCUGAAGCAGGAGCUGAACAGGAAGGAGUCGGAGAUGCAGGCCCUGCAGACCAAACUGGAAACGCUGACUAAUCAGAACUCGGACUGCAAGCAACACAUCGAGGUGCUAAAGGAGUCGCUCAGCGCCAAGGAGCAACGGGCCAACACACUGCAGACAGAGGUAGAUGCUCUGCGGGUGCGUCUGGAGGAGAAGGAGCAGUUCCUGACCAAGAAGACCAAGCAGCUGCAGGACCUGACCGAUGAAAAGAGCACACUAACGGGAGAAAUCAGAGACAUGAAGGACAUGCUGGAUGUCAAAGAGAGGAAGGUUAAUGUCCUGCAGAAGAAGAUUGAGAACCUGUUGGAGCAGUUAAAGGAUAAGGACAAACAGCUGGCUGGGUUGAAGGAAAGGGUCCAGGGACUCCAAACUGACUCCAGCAACACCGACACAGCCUUGGCCACACUGGAGGAAGCCCUAUCAGAAAAGGAGCGAGUGAUUGAGAAUCUGCGCGAGCAUAAGGAGCGGGAAGACAGGGUUCGGCUGGAGGAGCUGGACCAGAUGAGGAAGGAGAACCAGGUGUUAAAGGACAGACUUUCAGCCCUGCAGCCCCAGAAACUGUCCCUGAGUCAGCCCGCUAACCCCGUCCCGACCCAGAACCAGAGGCCUGACGGAGAGAUGCCAGCCAAAGUAGAUGGGCCACCAGCUGGAAGCCCCACGACUCAAAACACGGAAGAAACAGUCCGGAAGUGUCCAGACAUCACAGAUCGUCUGAGGCUUUUGGAGCAGGAAGUCGCUCGCAACAGAGAGGAAUCUGGCAAGUCACAAGUGGAGGUGGAGAGGCUGAUGGCAGCUCUGAGGGAUGCAGAGAUGGAGAAAUCGUGCAAAGAGAGGAAAAUCGCUGAUCUCGAGAGACCUGGGCAAAUCAAGUCUCCAAACAUCCAGAAGCAGACGGUGGCGGGUGAGAUGAGGAAAGACGCCCUCCCUGACGGACAUCCACACUCUUUAUCGCAGCUUCCUCUUUCAGCUUCCCAGGGUGCCAUGCGGGAGACGGCGGAGCGGAUCGGAGAGCUGGAGAAGGCGCUGAGGGAGAGCAUGAACACCUCCGCACAUAGGGAGGCUCUCUGGGCGCAAGAGGAGACCGCCCGUGUUCAGGCCCAGAGACAGUUGGAGGAUCUGAUGGGGGCUUUGGAGAAGACACGCCAGGAACUGGACGCCACCAAGCUGCACCUGUCCUCCACUCAGCAGUCCCUGCACGAGAGAGACGGACACCUUAAUAGUCUUCGCCAGGAGAGACGGCGACAGCUGGAGGAGAUUCUGGAGAUGAAGCAGCAGGCUUUGUUGGCGGCCAUCAGUGAGAAGGAUGCUAACAUCGCCCUGCUGGAGUUAUCCUCCUCCAAACGGAAAAAAGCCCAGGAGGAAGUGAUGGCUCUGAAGAGGGAGAAAGACAGACUCAUGCACCAGCUCAAACAGCAGACUCAGAGCAGAAUGAAGCUGAUAGCGGAUAACUACGAGGAAGAUCACAUCCAUCCCCAACAUCAUCCUCACCAUUCUCACCACUCGCAUCCAGCGAAUGUGCAUCACCGAAGCCUGCCAAGAGGGCCCCCCCAUGCCAACCACCGGCCUCCUAUGGACCAGGACGAUGAAGAGGGAAUAUGGGCGUGAUGACCAUCGUCAUGGGAACCUUGCAUCCAUUUGUCCGCACUACUUGUAGAGCCAAGAGGUUCAAGAGCUACACCUGCAAGUAUACACACUGACCCUCCCCACCAUCAUGACCAACAAACAGACAUAUAAACAGAUAAACACAUACUCCAGGACCAUUUCAAUGUAUCGUGGACAAGCUCAGCGUUCAGCCGGUUAGAAAUUCUCCCCGUCUUACCGACGAAUGUCACCUUCAAGCUGACAAAUGCAGUGGCCCCCGGAGGGUGGGUGAAUGUCCCUCACAGGACCAUCAGUCAUCAGUGUGGAGCUUCAAGGUAUUGGCAAGCGGCCUUCAUUUCCCUAGCUGUUUUCAAUAGACUGAGAGCUGGAUUCAUUUUACAGUACUGCGGUGCUACAGAGCUCUGGCUUCACAUCAACCGGCAAUCACUCCACCACUGUCGACUACUGGUGCGGCUAAGCUGAGCCAGUGGAACUAGCCGUAAACCCAUGCCAAUCCUGGACCGGUUUAUGAUGGCAUGAAUGUGUUUACUUCUGCAGCUAAAUAUCCGACUUUUGUAAAUAUAACAACAUGGACCUCAAAAUCCUCGAUCCACAGAAACCUUCUCAAUGUACCGUGCCAAAGGAGACAACCCCAUCUGCUGAAACAAAUGACUGAAAAUGGGACUGCAUCCGAAUCACUCGAACUAAACCGCCCUGCUUACUCAUUUCUUUGACUAUCUCCCACUUCCUGCUGAGAGAUCAACAAGAAAAAAGGGUGAAUUUGGGCUUAAAGAUGCCAGUUUGAGGAUCAGCUUGCACCUUCCCUAAAAAAAUCAGGACCCUUAUUAACAGGGGAAGGAAACACGGCUGACCUCAAAUCAGCCAGCUUUACUGUAAGAACAGUCUGUUUAUACAUUUCUCCUUGUGUUCUUUUAGCCUGCUGUGCGUUUGUUUAAUGAACCACUAUCAUGUUCUGUUAGCUUUUCUACAUCCGAUUUUGAGUGCCACUCUUCUUCUUUUUAGGAAGUUUUAACAGCUGUGCGUGACUUAUUAUGCCGAUGAGUGAUGUAUUAUUUUGUCGUCUUAUUUGUUGAUCCUGUGAAUCUGAAGUGACUUGCAUUUUAAAAAGCACUGUGUCAUUACUCUUUUUCACUGUACUGGAGGUUGCUGAUAAUGUGCAGUGUUGUGUUUUCAACAGUAUAACAGCAUUUCCAUUUGGCCCUUACCUAACAUGUACAGUUUUUGUACAGCAUGUGUGCAUGUGUGCGUGUGUGUGCGUGUGCGUGUGUGUGUGUGUGGUUUCAUGCUGCUGUCAUGAUUGUGAUGACUGUGAAAGUUUGGGGGGUAACAGUAUUCGCCCCUCGACUCGCUCCACAGUGUUUUGCGGUGGUCAGCUGGUUUCUGUUGUUUGAAUAAAAGUUGUUUUCACAAGAA